UCGGAGACACCACCUUCCCCGCCGCGCUGAGGCAGCUGCUGCCCUUGAUGAAGCCGCGUGGCGGCGAGGACGCCGCGGCCUCGGGGUCGAGGUGCCAGGAGGACGGAUGCGGGCCGGAUGAGCUGAUCCUCCUGCUGGUCUACCUGUACUCCCUGGCUGACGAGGCGCAGCCCCCCCACGGAGGAGGAGGGGGGGAGGAGGAGGAGAAGCAGCUGGAGAUGCUGGAGAGGGAGCUGAUUGGAGCGCUCACGCUGGUCAUCACUCAGGAGGCGGAGCUUAGCCCUCUGCUCCAGAAGCUCACCGGUUGUGCGAACCCCGAGGAGCUGACCACGGAGCGAGCCCACUCCGCCGUGGGGGAGAUGUUUGAGACCCUGCGAGGUUUGAGCCACACCAGAGAGCACCUGAAGCAGCUUCGCUCCGUCUACACGGCCAGCGACGGGGUUCACCAGGCCUCCUACCGUCCCUUCCUGCGGCAGCUCCUGGAGGAGGUGUUCCACCCCGACAGACCCGAGUGUCCCGACAUAGAGCACACGUCCGGGGGCCUCACCGACCUGCUGAAGACCGGCUUCAGCAUGUUCAUGAAGGUGAGUCGUCCGCAUCCCGGCGACAACCCUCUGCUGCUCCUCUUCCUGGUGGGCGGAGUCACGCCUUCAGAGCUCCGCCUCAUCAGGGACACCGCCUCCACCCACAAACCGGGGACUCAGGUGCUGGUUCUGUCCACCAGGCUCCUGCGGCCCACUGACGUCCCCGAGCUGCUCUUCCCCCCACGCAGGAGGCCGCCGCCCCCAGCCGCCAUCUAGGAGAGAAAACCUGCGUCACAAGGACACGUGCGCCGCGAACGCCUCCCGACACCUCGCCGGGUCGUGAGGCGAGGCCUCGUUAAUGAGGGGGGGGGUUCCUGUGUAUCAUUCCUCACGCCUUAUGUGGAAGAAGAUAUUUAUUUUUGUUGAUGGAACGAACAAAUAAAUUGAACAUUUCUGACA